AUGUAUCGAAGCCUGAUCACCCUCAUCACCCUCUACCUAUCAGCCGUAGUAGUCGCCGGUAAAGACCCAUCUAAAAAACCAAUCGAGGAUUCCAAGCCAGAAAGAGGCAACAUCAAUACCAAAUGCCACGGCAUCUACAUCAACGGCGAAAAACCCUCAAUCGCGGGCGAAGGUGUCCAGCGCCCUGUCAACGCAAACGGCCAACCACCACCCAUGGCCAUUCGACCUCCCAGCACCCCACAGUCCAUUUGGGCUACAUGCGACCGUCGCAUUCAGGGGUCAAGGACUUCAAAACUAGACUUGAAUUUAUGUCUGGGGUGGAAUCCAACAACCGAAGAACUUAUCCCGCAGUCCCGUGGAAACGGAAUCACCAAGGGCGACUGUUCCAGUUGCUUUUAUGCGAAGCCUAACCUUCAGUGUGUGUGUGGGGUUAAGAAGAAGGAGGAUGAUAGGAUCGCUGUUAGUUUGGAUAAAGUAGUAGAGGCUACUCAUGAUGGGUUUUUGGCUUGCUUUGAACAUACCGGGACCCAGGUUUCGUUGGAUCAGUGGGCUACUAGUUGA